CUUUGCUUCACGCUUUACCAGCAUUCACUACAUUGCAGACGAAGUGCGCUGCAGAUCAGGCGUUUUGUCAAAAGAAGAAGCUGUUUUAGAAGAAGUGGACACUCAGGUACAUACUCUUUGGCGGCUUCUGUUUUGCUAGUGAACAAGACAGCUUACCCCGUUCUCUUCUUCACCUAAGGUGGAGCUCAAAUUGACAAAGUUGUCAAAGUGGUGGUGCUCACUGCUACAGCCUCAGGUAAUCAUCAGAUUGCAGAUUAUCAAGCAGCUCCAGGCAUCAGCAAUUGUGUCGUAGUUGAAAAGGAAGCACCAGGCUCCGUGGAUCAGCCAUUGGACACAAUGGAGAGGGCAGUUCAGGCGGUCGAAGAUUCCGACUCCCUGUCGGGGAAAUACUGUUACUUUCCUAGAGAUCUGGGACUGAAUACUUACGGUGGAGAUGUAUCGUGUCUGCAACAGUUUCUAAGUCAUGAGGGAUACUUUUCGGAAGAACCGACAGGCUUUUAUGGCACCCAAACAAAAGAUGCAGUUGCAAAGUGGCAGAAAGCUUCCGGUAUAGAGCCAGCUGAAGGUUACAUGGGGUACCCGACCCGGCUAGCAUACGCCAAGCGAUGUAAACUGCCAACUGCGGAGCAAAUGCGUGCGGUCGAGGCCUCUUUGGAUAACGAUAAUGUGAGUGAGAAGUUGUGUAUAGACGUGUACUCGGCCCCUGACGAGUCAGGAACGGAACUCUGCGAAACCCGCUGUGUGAGGACGAACGAACAAAAGGUGCACGCCUGCAGAGAAGCUUGUCAAGUCGCAUACAGUAAAGCAUGCAACAAGGCGUUUCCAGCGGGGAAGACCUUCCCGGAAGGUGCUGACUACAAGGCUUGUCUUCGAAAACUACCAUCCGUCUGCAAGAAAACGUGUGCUCAUUACGAGUAGCGUUGUCCAACGCCGUACGAAAGACAGACAGUCAAGUAGCUUGAUGGCAGUGGAGUCGAAGCGCAGUGACGUAUUGAGCGACAAGUCUAAUUCUUUUCGACGCGUGUCCUGCCGGGCCAGUUUAAUAGAAUCUCUAGGUACAUGAGAAGUCUACAAAGUGACGUUGAGACUAUUGGAUCAUAUUUCAAAAUGUGUUAAAAGUUCGCUUAUAUGCAUGGCAAUCAUUGAAU